CUCUCUCUCUCUCUCUCUCUCUCUCUCUCUCUCUCUCUCUCUCUCUCUUCCCCCCUCGCUCCCUCCCUCUUGCUCUGUCCCUCGUCCCUCCUCUCUCACCUCUUCUCUCUUCUCUUCUCUCUUCUAUUUUCAUCUCCUCUGUAUUUUCUCUCCCUCUCUUUCUCUCCCUUACCUCCCUUUCCUUCUUCCCCUUCCCUUCUUCGUUUGCCUCACUUUUUUACACCUGGCCUGGAUUUUUGUCAAGUCGGGAGAUACAUUAUUUUUUUGCUGGUGCCUCCGCGUUUUACUGUAUACACACGUUUUUAGUAUUUUGUAACCGUCUGCCAAAAUGUACCGGAACCCGUGGAUCAGCAACUACCUGAGCCAUGUCAAGUUGUGUCAAGGACUUUCGGUCGACUCUCCAGUUCCAAAACUUGGGGGAUAUAAGAUACACCAGAGCAAGUCCCUCAGCUUCCAGAGGGAUCUGUGCAUUGAGGACACUGCUGACCUCCUCCAGGACAGCAAGGACCCCCAUGUCAAUCUCUUGGCCGUUCUACCCAAAGUUUCAGAACUAAGAAAGCGCUUUGAGAGCAUCAGCGGCAGUGUCAGCGACUGGGAAAUGAACAGGAAAGAGCGGAUAGCUCGUCGUCUGGAGGGUAUAGAUGGAGACCUGCAGUUGUCCAGCUGCACCAGCCUGGUCAGCAACCGCCUGCUGGAGGAAGACACACCCCGAUACACACGCGCCACCGAUGACCCAUGCAUGGUGUCAGUGCAGCGCCCCCUGCGCUCCGACAUGGACAUGGCACCCGACGACCACCAGGCGCUGAUGAUGAGCGAGUCCCGCCAGUCCCGCUCCCGCACGCGCUCCGAUGCCAAUCCCCCUUCGCACCAGCAGAUGGCUCCACCCGCGUCCUCCUCCACCUCGGCCCUGCUGCUGGGUGACUCCAAGGCAGAGCGCAUCGCCCGCUACAAAGCCGAGCGGCGACGGCAGCUGGCCGAGCGCUACGGCAUCUCCCUGGAGCCCGACGCCGCGGUGGAGCCAGACUACACGGGCCGCUACGCCGCGCGCCGCCGACAAUCGGACGGCUCGGAUCGCAGCUUGCCCCCGCCUUCCUCCGCCGCACGGGAGGAGGUGAUUGGUGGAGGAGGUGGAGGAGGAGGAGGAAGUGGGGGUUAUGGAGGUCAAAGAUCGACGCGGUCGUCCAGUCUGGUCACCUACCCGCCGUCUUCGGACAUGACGCAUAACACCACCGCGCAGCCGUACGUCACGCACUCCCAGACGGAGGCCGUGCUGUCUGAGAGGGAGAGGCGCAUGAACCUGGAGAACCAGCGGAGGGCGCUGGAGAGAGGAGGAGGUGGAGGAGGUGGAGGAGGAGGAGGAGGGGGUGUGGUCUCUCAGGACUCUAGCUCCGCCUACAUGGACGUCUCUGGCUCCUCCCACAGGUCCAGCUCCUCCCCUGGCGAUCUAUUCAUCGAGCAGCAGGCGCAGAACAUCCUUCACAGACACGGCCCCAGCUGGUCACUGCAGACCGAUCGGGAGGGGGACACCCUGUCCCCCAUCAACUGGCCCUCCAGAAUCCGUGGCAGGGAGCGCGGUGGUGGAUACCGUGAUCACGCCACGCACACCACCUCACCCCCAGCCCCCCUUGCCCAAGCCCCAGCCCCAGCCCCAGCCCCAGCCCCAGCCCCCACACACCGCAGCGGGCCACCCGCAGACUCCUACCUGUCCAUGGGCCGAGGGGGUAGAGAGCUGGAGGAUCAGGACCAGCAGCCACAGCCACAGGUACAGAUGGACGGCCAGCCGGACGGCGUGCCCACUCACGGGCUGCUGCGUAGCCGCAAGGCGGUGCUCCCCUCUGAGGUACGGAGACGCGAGCGCAGCGUGGACGACCCCCGGCGAGGAGGAGGUGGCGGUGGUGGUGGUUACUCUCCACCACGGCGCGUCUCUCCCACACGACGCAUCUCUCCUACACGACGCGCCUCUCCUACACGACGCGCCUCCCCUACGCGCCACCACCGUGGAGGAGGCCCAGCAGCGAUGGAGGCGACACCGCCAUCUACAGGCCGGGAGAGGAGGAGCAGGGUGUCAGACCAGGCCCCGGAUGCCUACCACCACCACCACCACCACCAUCACCACCAGGACUACCAAGACUACCAGGACUCUGAGUCCCCACCGCGGCACCAGCCUUCACACUCCCAUGCCAACGCCCCGACUCCUAUCCACCACCACGCGCCCGUCUACAAGCACACCAUGGCGCCCACCUCAGGUCAAGCAGGGCACCACGCCUACGCCCCGACCACUAACGCUCAGCCGGUGCCCUACACACAACCUCCUCCGUACACACAAGCUCACACUCACACACACACUUCUUCCUCUUCCCAACCGCCUGCACACGUCCAGACACACACCUGGGCUCCCAAGCAGCAGCAGCAGGAGAAGCCUACCGCACACACCGACACACACGCUCACUCUCACACUCAGGCACGCACACAAUCCCCGGACGACAGCUUGGAGGAGGGAGAGAGCAGAGUGUCCGUGGCCCAGCUGCGUAGCACCUACCUGCAGGGAACCAGCGCCACCUACCAGCGAAAGGCAGAACUUGAUGACCAAUCAGAGGAUCCGCCUGCGGUUGCACCCGCAGUGGCACCCUGGAGGUCAGACAGGGCGGGGCGUCGUCCACGGCGGUACAUCUCGGCCAGUGACGAUAGAAAGACCUCGGAGAGGUUUAGGAGUCAGCCAAUCACCUCCUCCGAGCGUCAGGAUUCCGAUAGGUCUGGAGUGAGUCCGGAGCCUGCUACCAGCGAAGGGGACGAUGAGAAAGUAGAUGAGCGAGCGAAGUUGAGUGUCGCUGCCAAGAGAUCGCUCUUCCGGGAGCUAGAGAGGAGUGUGGAGGGCGGGGCUCCGCGGCCGUGGGCCAGUCGUAACGCAGCUGUGGAGCGGAGACUGAGGAGGGGGCAGGACCGCUCCCGGACACAGCCAAUCACCACGGAGGAGGUGGUCAUCGCUGCCACUGACCCUGGUCCGGCUGCUCAUUCUAUCAUGCGUGUCUCUAGCUCUACAGCUGUCAGCAGCUCAGUGAACCAGUACAGUCUGCAGGCUCGUGAGCAGCAGAGUCGAGAGGUGCGUCAGGCGCGCGAGCAGCAGGAAGAGAAUGAGAUCAAGGCUGCCCAAUCAGCAGCCCAGGUGACGCCGCCCACGGCAACAACAACAACGACAGCGACACAACCACCGGUUACCACAGCAACCAACAACAACACCACCACCACCACCGUGUCUGAAGAUGGCGGUAGCGAAGAGCCCGACCUGUCCACCCUCAGCCUGGCCGAGAAGAUGGCGCUGUUUAACCGCUUGGCACAGCCGAUGUCAGCGCCCCGCGUCAGGGGAGACACGCGCCUCCGCCGUAACAACGCUCGUUACCAGACCCAGCCAAUCACACUGGGGGAGGUGGAACAGGAGGAGUACUCUGACUCUGAACUGAGUGACAUGGUGGUAGAGGUGUCCGAUGACGAACUGGAACACCUGCAGAACGGUUCUAACGUGACUUCCAAGUUUUCCUCGGCGCUCAAGUCCAACACCUUCUCCACCGCCAAUGCCGGUGACCUCCAGCUGCCCUCUGCUGCCACUGGUGGCGGAACCGGGUACUACGAGAGCUCAGCGGCGCCCUCCUAUGGAGCACCUGCACCACCAGCAGCAGCAGCAGCCCCAGUCCAGCCUAAGGGGACCCCUGAUCGUGUCAUCCAAGCCCAGCCGGAGCAGCCCUCCCUGGGCAACAGCAAGCGGAAGCUCUCCUCUCCGGAGUCCAGCUCCAAGCAGCCUGCGUUGCCUCAGCCCUCGUAUGCACACGUCCAGCCGCCUGCCUACGUGCACCCUCCGCCUCACAGCCAGGCUGUGGAGCAGCUGAGAGGCAAAGGGCCAGACCAUCCGGAGCUGGCUGCGUCAGUGCGUUCAGUGGAGCCAGCGCAGCCACAGCAGCCUGUCCCAGCCAGCAAGAGUGUCCCGAGCGCUCUCCACACACACGCCACACAACACACACACGCACACGUACCGCACGCCUGGGAGGCUGCCGCAGACGGAGGGAGAGACAGAGACAGAGAGAGGGAGCGAGAGAGGGAAAGAGUGCAGCAGCAGCAGGAGGAGGAGGAGGAGGAGGAGGAGGACGAGAGGCUGAGAGACUUUCAGACGGCGGAGGAACUUGACGACGCCAUGUCUGCUCGACAGAUGUCCAUCAAAGAGAGGCUGGCGCUGCUGAUGAAGAACGGCGAGGAGGACUGGCGGAACCGCAUCAACCGCAAGCAGGACGUGGUGCGCGUGGCCAUCUCUGAGCGGCACGCCCAGCUCUGGGAGGUGGAGCAGAGCUUCAAGAAGAAGGAUUCAGGCAUGAUGAUAGAUGACUUUGCUGUGUCUGAUCAGCUCUGGGAUCCCGUCUUCUCCUCGGCCCUCUCCCAACUCACCGAGGACAGCCAGGUGGGCUUAGCUCAACCCGGCCAGUCGAGUCCCCUAGACUCCCCUCGCAUGGACGAACGCCACCCCUGGAGACGGAAGCGUCUAGGUGAGGAGUCUGAGCGUGUGGAGAUGAGCAUCCAGGAGCGUAAGCGUCUCAUCAGCGAGCAGCAGGAGGCCUCCAGGGUCAGAGGUCAAGGAGCAGCCAAUGACUCCACACAGUUCACCGUCGCGGCCCGCAUGGUCAAGAAAGGUCUGGCUGACCCUACUGCUCUAAGUUCGCCUGUGCCUGUAGCUGUGUCCAACAAGAACAAGAACCACACACACCCCAUCAAGCCACAGGAGGAGAUUGAAGUGCGAGGGAACGUGGAAUCAGACAGGAAGCUUGAUAAGCUUGAAUCUUUCCUGGACAGACUCAACAGCAAAGCGGCUGGUCUGCCUGAGCCCACUCUGACGGUGACCCCUAAGGGUGUGAAGGAGGUGAUGCAGCUGGAUGACGAGGUCUUCACCAAGUUCUACACACACACGCAGACUACCAAGACACACAUACACACCGCCGCCGAGAUCAGCGGAGACUUCGACGCAAUCUUCGACCCCCACACGCCCAAGCUGACGUCGGAGAUGGUUCAGCACAAGCGUGCGGUGCGGCCCCAGAAGAAUGUGCAGGCCUCCAGGAACCCCCUGAAGAUGCUGGCGGCCCGCGACGACAUCCGACACGAGUACACCGAACACCGACUCAACAUCGGCCUCCUGGAGAGCAAGAGGAUGAAGCAGGAGAAGAUGAGUAAAGGUUCUGGUGGUUUCUCGGACGUGGCUCUGGCCGGCUUGGCCAGCAAGGAGAACUUCAGCAAUGUGAACCUGCGCAGCGUCAACGUGUCUGAGCAGAGCUCCAACAACAGCGCCCUGCCCUACAAGAAGACCAUGCUCAUCCAGGUCAAAGGUCGUCGUCAUGUGCAGACCCGUCUGGUUGAGCCGCGAGCCUCGUCUCUGAACAGCGGAGACUGCUUCCUCCUCAUCACCACACACCACUGUUUCCUGUGGACCGGGGAGUUCUCCAACGUCAUAGAGAAGGCCAAGGCUGCAGAGCUGGCUCAGUUCAUCCAGACCAAGCAUGAUCUGGGCUGCCGGGCCUCCCACGUGACCACCGUAGAGGAGGGGGUCAACACCAACAGCCACGCCUUCAGAGACUUCUGGAAGAUACUGGGAGGACACAACAGCUACCAAUCCACGGGUCCACCUGAGGAGGAUGAGCUGUAUGAGAGUGCCAUAGUGGAGACCAACUGUGUGUAUCGGCUGGUGGAGGACAAGCUGCAGCCAGACGAUGACUUCUGGGGCAGGGUGCCCCGAUGUGGCCUCCUGCAGUCCAAAGAGGUGCUGGUGUUUGACUUUGGCAGUGAGCUGUACGUGUGGCACGGCCGUGACGUGACGUUGUCCCAGAGGAAGGUGGCCUUCCAGCUGGCUAAACACCUGUGGAACAGCAGCUUCGACUACACCACCUGCGAUAUCAACCCCCUCGACCCGGGGGAGUGCAACCCACUCAUACCCAAGAAGGGUAAGGGUCGUCCCGACUGGGCCGUGUUUGGGCGUCUGACGGAACACAAUGAGACCACUCUCUUCAAGGAGAAGUUCCUGGACUGGAUACAGAAGGCGCCCACACAGAACAUCAUGGAUAAUAAGGAGCAGUCGGGUCCAGAGCUAAAGCCCUAUGACGUCACUCUCAUGCUGGCGGCCCCCAAAGGGCCCGUGCGGACGAUAUUGGACGGCACGGACGUUGGCCGAGGCUACGGAUUGGUGGAGGGAGAAGAGGGGCGGAGCUUUGAGAACUGCUCAGCUCUGGCCCAACAGGUGAGCACGCUGGGUGUGGAGGCGUGGCAUAUCCUGGAGUUCGACUACAGCCGGGUGCCCAAUCAGAGCGUGGGACAGUUCCACGAGGGAGACACCUACGUAGUCAAGUGGAAGUACAUGGUCAGCACCGCAGUGGGGAAGCGGAUGCAUUCGGAGCGCGUGAUUGGUCCGGGGAAGGAGCGCUGUUGCUACUUCUUCUGGCAGGGCCGCAACUCCAGCGUCAGUGAGAAGGGAACCUCCGCACUCAUGACCGUGGAACUGGACGAGGAGAGGGGAGCACAGGUGCAGGUGUUGCAGGGUAAAGAGUCUCCGUGCUUCCUGCAGUGCUUCAACGGAGGCAUGAUCGUCCACUCAGGAAAGAGGGAGGAGGAGGAGGACAACUGCCAGAAUGACUGGCGUCUGUACUGUGUGCGGGGUGAGCGCCCCAUAGAGGGCCACCUGCUGGAGGUGGAGUGCCACUGCAGCUCGCUGCGCUCCAGGGCCUGCAUGCUGCUGCUGAACGUCACCAAGGCAACGCUGUUCCUCUGGCACGGCUGCAAGACACAGAACCACACCAGGGAGGUGGCACGCACCGCAGCCAAUAAGAUCAAGGAGAGGUGUCCACUGGAGGCGGGGCUCCACUGCAGCGUCAAGGUGAGCAUCCAGGAGUGCGAGGAGGGCUACGAGCCAACCGGAUUCUUCGACGCCCUGGGGAGGCGGGACCGCAGAGCCUACGACUGCAUGCUGCAGGACCAGGGGAAGUUCCGCUUCACGCCACGUCUGUUCCAGCUGAGUAGCAGCUCAGGGGAGUUUGUGGCUCAGGAGCUGCUGUGUCCCUUCAGGGUGGCCGGCCAGACCAAUGCACAGCCCUUCCUACAGGAGGACCUGUACACAGCACCACAACCAGCCCUGUUCCUGGUGGAUAACCAUCAUGAGGUCUACCUGUGGCAGGGCUGGUGGGGGGAGGACAGUGAGAGUACCGGCUCCGCUCGCAUUCGCUGGGACGCCGACAGGAAGUGUGCCAUGGAAACCGUCCUCAAGUACUGUAAAGAGAAGAAUGAGGUGAAGCCUCCUCGCUCGUACCUGAUCCACGCAGGCCUGGAGCCCCUCACCUUCACCAACAUGUUCCCCUGCUGGGAGCACAGGCCAGACAUAGCACAGAUCACUGAGAAGGAAGCGGAGGUGUGCAACGAGAUCAUCCUAGUGGAGGACGUGUUGGCCCGCCUCUGCAAGGCCACCUAUCCGCUGCCGGAUCUCCUGGCCCGCCCCCUGCCCGCCGGCGUCGACCCGCUCAGGCUGGAGAUCUACCUUUCAGAUGACGACUUUGAGAAAGCGCUGGAGAUGACGAGGAGUGAGUAUGAAGCACUGCCGGGCUGGAAGCAAGUCAACAUGAAGAAAGCCAAAGGACUGUUUUGAUCUGACGGACGCAAAACACACAGGCCGUGUAUGUGAGAGAGUGUGUGUACUGUAUGUGUGUGUUUGUGAGCGAGAAAGGGCACGUGUGGGUGCGUUUGUGUGUGUGCGUGGUGAGUGGUGAGUGCUUGUGCGUGCGUAUUUGAGUCCAGACCUGGACAUUGGAGAGUCGGACUGGAGCCUGUAGCAUAUGAUAUGAACUUUGACCCCUUGACAUGGAUGGACGGAACCAUGUUUGUACAGUAUGCACUGUAUAAUCUAUGGACGGAACCAUGUAUGUACAGUAUGCACUGUACGUCUAUGGACGGAACCAUAUAUGUACAGUAUACACAGAUGUGACAUGGACGACACAGAAUCAGACACUUCUGUGUGUCCCUGUAAUCGAGGGAGCAAAGAAGGAACGAGAAGAAGGAGAGUGCGAGAGGACAAGGGGUUUGUGAGAGUAAGUAUAAAACAGAGGAAGAGGGCGAUGGAUACUUGUACAGCACGAUUCAAGAUGGAGUUCUGCCACCCUCCUGAGAACGUUUUCUAUUUUCUUCCGUUUGAUCUGUUGAGGUUUUUUUCUUUCUUUUCUUCUUUUCAAUUUGUAGAAGAGUGAAAAAUAUAGUUUAUUUCUCAUUUGUGUGAGGAUGCCUGUGUGCGUGCGUGUGCGUGCGUGUGCAUGUGUGCGUGUGCAUGUGUGCGUGUGUGUGUACACAUGCAUGUGAGUGUAUGGUUGAGGGUGUGCCUGUGUACAGUAUGUGUGCGUUUCUGCAAUAUAAAUCUGGUUUAUUUAUGUAUUGUAUAAGCAUGGGGAAGAGAGAUGCCCUCCCUGAGUGUGAUUCACAAAUAAUGUAAUGGAGGAAACCGGUGUGUAAAAUAGGAAGCAUAACCAAGUGUAUGAUGAAGAUUGAGUGUGUGUGUGCGUGCGUGCGUGCGUAUGUUUGUGUGUGUAUGUGUGUGUAUGUGGGUGUGUGUGUGUGAAUGAUGAAUGCUAACUUUUAGAUUUGAUUUGAUUUUUUUUUGUGCGUUGGUUACACACAAACACAAACGUAGAAAUUUGACACAUAAUGACACGUAAUUCUGCACUCACUAGGACUUUUUUGUGUGUGCGUGCGUAUGUAUGUGCCUGUGUGUGUGUGUGCGUGCGUGAGUGAGUGAGUGAGUGAAUGUGUGUGUGUGGUUAUGUGUGUGUGUGUGUGUGUGUGUUUCAGAUGUUUAGUGCCUUGCUUUUAUGUACAGUUUUUACCCAGAGAGAUGCUAGUCUGCCUUUGUGAGACUGCCUUUGUUAUAUAAAAAAGAAUUAGGAUGAAAUGACGAAUAAACACUGACUAUUAUUAAUAAUAAAUCGGAUGAAUCUCUAA